AUGUCGGUUCAUCCACAUCUUCACCGGCACUAUGUGCAGGCCUGCCAAAACUUGGGCCAACCUGAAAACCCCUUCAUUGCUCAUGUGCUCCGAGAAGCUGAUAAAAAUGAUAAAAACAGGCAGACAAAAGGGACCACAUUAAAAAUUGCUGGAAAUAAUCAUCUAGUGCCUGUGCAGAGAGUUACAGAUGAUGAUCUUCAAGUUCUCGCCUCUGUCCUACACAAUACUGUGUUUGUCACAGGUUUGGAUCUUCGGUACAAUGUAUUGACUGAUGCUGGAGCAAAGCACGUGGCAGCAUUCCUCCAGGAAAACUCCACUCUGCAGUACCUCAACCUGAUGUUUAAUGAUAUUGGCACAAGCGGAGCAGAGCUGAUAGCAGGAGCACUCCACAGGAAUGAAACUCUUCUGUAUUUGAGAAUGACUGGAAACAAAAUAGGAAACAAAGGUGGGAUGUUCUUUGCUUCAAUGCUACAGAUUAAUUCAACCUUGGAGAAGCUGGAUCUUGGAGACUGUGAUAUGGGGACACAGUGUCUAAUAGCAAUAGCAACAGCCCUGACUCAGAACACAUCCGUCAAAGCAAUAAACCUCAGUCGUCCUUUACUGUACAGCCAAGAGGAAGAGACUACAGUUCAUGUAGCUCUGAUGCUGAGAAAUAACUCUUCUCUUGUGGAACUACACUUGUGCAAGCAUGAAAUGAAAAACUUUGGUGUAGAGCGACUAUGUGAGGCAUUGUAUGAAAACAGCAGCCUGAGGUACCUUGAUCUUAGCUGUAAUAAGGUAACCUGUGAUGGCGUAAAAUUUUUGGGAGAACUACUAAAGCGGAACCAAACCCUGGAAAUCCUAGACCUUAAUGCAAACCGGAUGGAAGACGAUGGAGCCAUCCACCUGAGCGGAGCCUUGGCCUUGUACAACAGGACUCUUCGGGCGUUGUCAGUAGUAAGCAAUAAUAUAAGUGGCAAAGGACUUGUAGCACUUUCAGAUGCAAUGAAAAUAAACACAGAACUUUCCUAUAUUUACAUCUGGGGGAACAAGUUUGAUGAAGCCACCUGUAUGGCAUUUUCAGAUUUGAUUCAGAGGGGCCGGCUGGAGCCUUCUCACACAGACGUGGAGCCGUACGAGGUGGACGGGCGCGUUCACCUGGCAGAGCUCGCCCACGGCCUGCGCCAGCAUCACUACUGGAUGCCGAGCGGUGGGGGGGCGAUGAGCAGGGCUGCCAACGCCAGUCUGGCGAUCGCGGCCGUUUCACAACACCUGUGA